CCAAAAAUACUAUCAGGCAUGGCAUGAAUUCCUGGCAAAAUGAUCUGACUCACAGUAUGGAUAACGCCAUUCAAUUUAUCUAAUCUAUUAAAUUUUUAGUCUUCAAUAGCUCGGUUUUUAUUAGUACAGAACGAUUUCAAACAUUGAUGUGCCACUCUAGGUAAUUUACAUUGAUGUAACAACAUCACAAUGGGGAACACAAAUUCCUACAGCCAAAGGCGCAAUGAAGUAAACCAAAAAAUCCAGGAAAAAAACCACAUUUGCAUAGCUAUGAAUGAAGAAGUCCAAGAAGCCAUCGAAAGCAAAGAUCCAACCAUCGUCAAGAAGCUGAUGGCAGAAGUAGCAGCUCACAUGAUCGAUUUGCAGCAACUCCGAUCGAUGGAAUUAUCCAGCAGCGAACGAGGAAGAAGCCAGAGGAUUUUAAAAAAUUUUGAAAUGUUUAUGGCCUCAUUGAAAUCUGUUCUAGUCCCGGAAAGUCCAGCGUUUCAGAGCAGCUCACGACCUUGUAACUCGAGUCGAAUUGAGCCAGACAUUGUCAGCGAUUUAAUUCACUUGGAGAAUUCUGAUAGUACGAGGAGAAACUCGUCCUUAACUACCCCUGAGUCAUCGGCAAAUCCAUCAGCGACGCAUUCACAGCGUCAAAAGGAUCUGCCGCUGCAUACAAGCACAUGCCACGCAAUUGAAGGUGUAUUUCAAGCCAUCGUGAGCGAAUUUGACUUUCUAAAGGAUAAACUCCAAAGGCCGAUAGAUGACAUUGGCGAGUACUACCAAAUAGAUAAGGGAGUUUUAUUUCUGCAACUACAACUAAACAGCGUAGAACUACCAGAUAAUUCACCAUUGUAUGCUACCAAAUUUAAACUACUUGAACAAUUGGAAAGUUUUCGUUUGCUCCUUGAUCAAAAGUCUGGUGAACUUGAAGAACAGCAACAGCUCGCUAAAGAAGUGAAUACUCUGGAAUUGAAACUGGAUAGUGCAGUAACGGAACAAGAACUACAAUGCUUAAAUAAGAGGGCACAACUGAUACAGGAAACUAUUAAAAAUGGGAUUUGGGAUGAUAACUUAGUUGAGAAUAAAGCAGAUAUAUUGAAAAGGUUAUUCGCUAUACUAGUUAAAAUUAAUUGUGCAAGUAAGACAGAGGAUACGGAACUGGACGAGUUAGAAGGUAUACGGUCAAUCGAUCGUAUACUAGAAGAGGAAGCCGAAAAAUUAAAUAUCAACGACGAUGAAGAAUUAUACGCCAAUGUUCCCCAUCGAAGCAGAUCAGAAGUCGACUUGCAACCAAGACUUCGACGAACAAGCAGCAACGUGUCCCAAAGAGGCACUGUCUACAUUAACGCUGAUGUUAUCAGGCAGAACACAACAUCGGAUAAACCACAGAUUUUCUCGAAUAGCGUGCAGAAAUAUUUAGAACCAAUCAACAAGCGUCCAUUACCGCUGCCCCGCAACUAUGAAGAAAAAGUUAUCAAUGACUUGCCUAACCAAUGGAGGAGACUGAAUAAGAUACUUAACAGUCAAUUAAUCAGCGACGCAGAAAAGUCCGAAGUGGCGGAGAUCAGAAAGCAGGCGGAAAUUGCUAAAAAUUUGUUCGAAAGAAAAAUUCGGAAAAUCAUGGACAAAGUAGAGGAAAGUGUCGAAUUGUGAAAGUAGUAUUUUGCCAGACUUUUUUUUGACURAUAUUAAUUAAUAGCUUUAUUUCAAAAUUGACUAUUUCUAUUGUCAGAGCGGGUUGGUAAAUGCUACUAUUUUCAGAAUGAAGCGGAAGUAUUGAUAAUAUAAUGCAAGAUUAUAUUAUCACUUGAGUCUUAAGAAAAUGGAAGACCAAUUUAACAACAUAUUCUUUUUUUUAUUAAUACAUAAGUUUCAAACAAUAUAUUCUGCUAUACUGUGCACUAACGUUCGUAUUCAAUGACGCAGGAUAUAUUAAAUAAAAUAUGUUUUUUCCAACUUUAAGCGCUUUAAAACAUGGAAAUGUGAAGGUUUGGAAACGAAAGCAUUUUAAUCAAGUACAUAAGUUUUGUUCGAAAAUUGAUACGCACAUAUUUCCAAAUUUAAGCAUAAAAUCUAGAAUUAGAAUUAGGCAUAUAAUAUUUGGGACAGUAUCUAACUUAUUUAAUUUUGUAUUAUAAUGCGUAUUUGUGAAAUUUCCAGUAUGUCUGUAUCAGCCAAUGUUUUGAAUGAACUGUAUUUCUAUAUACUGAAAGCUAUUAAAACUUACUCCAGAGUUAAGUUUAUAUAAGGAAAGGGACUAAAUGUUUCAAUGUUACCGACAAUACGCGUCUUACAAACUAGUUCUAACUCUAAGUUACUAUGUGAAUGCACCAUUGCUUUUUGUAGAUGUAUUAUUUUUAUAUAGCUGCUUUUAAUACAUAAAAUAUCUCAAA